AUGGAUGCAGUCAAGAUGAUCAAACAAUCGGUGAAACGAAAUCCAAAGUCUGUCACUUUGCUGCAGCUUCCAAUUGUAGAUAUCAACGCCAUGCUCCUACAAGACAAAUCGACAGUCGGUCAAGACAAACUUCACAAACAACUGGUGGAAACACAAAAUAUUAUUCACGCCAAUAUUGUACAUCAAGUAACGAUCGCCGAGAAAUCCAGUGAUAGUUUGUCAUCGUCAUCCUCAUCGUAUGGAAGCAAUAAUGCAACAAAUACAUCACCGAAUCGCGGCGUCAAUAUCGGUGGAUCUCUCACCACUUCCAACGGUAAUAUCAGCACUUCUUCUCUGCCGGUUAGAAAGAUGACUUCGCCAGUGCAACCAGGCGGUGGAUCUCUCAGCAAACUACCACCAGUCUCAAAGACAGGAUCGAUUGAAAGCAUGUCUGCUAAGCGUCCAGCGAUGAGAGGUCCGCUCUAUCCAGGUCGCCAAACCAGUCUGACAGAGAGUGGCGGCGCCGCCAACAAGUCUGCCGCCACACCAGACAUCCCGCCAAUCGUGGCGCGUUCCAUCGACUAUCUAGUGGCAAAAGGCACCAAAGUAGUUGGAAUCUUUAGAACUUGUGCAAGUGCAACACUCCUAAAGAAAGUUAAAGCAAGAUUCGAAGCCGGCGAAGACAUUGAUCUGGCAGGUGAGGGUGUCGACCCUGACACUGUUGCCGGUGUGCUAAAGAGCUACUUCCGUGAGCUGGCGGUACCGAUCUUCCCAGAUAAUCUUCACGAUCGAUUCUUCCAGGCAUCGCGUAUGUCAACACUCGAAGAAAAGAUCGCCGCAUACCGCGAUGUCAUAGAGCAGCUGCCGGCACUCGAGAACAAGAUGGUCAAGAAACUCUUCAAUCUACUCUAUCUGAUCUCACUCGAGAAGGCAGAGAAUAUGAUGUCCGCAGAGAAUAUCGCUAUCUGUUGGGCGCCAACACUCUUUAGAUCGUUCGCCAGUGAGCUGCUCCCCAUCAAUGCAUUCCUGAUGGUCCACUACUUUGAGAUAUUCGACCCGGAGAACGCACCGGUCAAAGCAAAGCAAUCGUCGGUUCCAGUAGCAGAUUCUGCCGCAGCCAGCCAGGAAUCGAUCUCCGAUACACAAUCCACUGGAAGCGGAGUGUCUGCCAAUAACACUGGUGACGACUCUUCGCCUGUGUCGACACCACCGGCAUCACCAAAGAUUGGAGACGGAAUGUCAACACUGCGAGGCAAGCGAUUCUCAAGAGUUUCCAGAGUGUCUUAUUCACCUGUAAUGUCAAGAGCAUCACUUGGCCACUCAACACUAGGUUGGAGUGAAUCUUCAAGAUCAUUGUCAUCAUUGUUCCAAGACGAAUGGGACAAUGAAAAUAACAAAAACUCACCACCAUCAGAGCCACAAACUGUUUAA